CGUUUGCGCGCAUGCGCAGUGAGGUCAGUGUUGUGUUCCGGGGUCGGUCAGUGUACACAGAGUACAAAUCACCAGUUUACAUUUAUUCCCUGUCUUCCAUAUAUUUAUAUCCGGGCCGCGGAGAGGGGAGUGAGGGGGUUAGUUUAGAAGGAGAAACAGUUUGAACUCGGCACCGAGGGGACGUCUGUGAGGAUGAACUUCUUCAGAGGAGUGAUGGGCGGGCAGGCAGCCGGGCCGCAGCCGUCCGGAGCGGAGACGAUCCAGAAGCUGUGUGACAGGGUGGCCUCCUCGACGCUGCUGGAGGACCGCAGAGACGCUGUCCGGGCGCUGAAGUCCCUCUCCAAGAAAUAUCGUAUGGAGGUUGGCACACAGGCGAUGGAUCACUUGAUUAACAUCCUGCAAACUGACAGAUCUGACUCUGAAAUCCUCGGCUACGCUCUGGACACUCUGUACAACAUCAUCUGUAACGAUGAGGAGGAAGAACAAGACGCAGUAACCCCCCUCCCUGCCUCAGGGAAGCAUAAGAAUGUGUCCGUGCCUGACGAGAACGCUCAGAAGCAGGCGGACGACCUGGGAGCCCAGUUUACAGACAAGUUCAUCCAGGACCCUGAGCAUGUGACCCUCCUCCUCACUCUGCUGGAGGAGUUUGACUUCCAUGUGCGUUGGCCCGGGGUGAAGCUGCUGACGGCUCUCCUGAAGAACCAGGGUGUUCAGGUCCAGGGCGUCAUUCUGGUCAGCCCCAUGGGUGUUUCCAGACUGAUGGACCUGUUGGCAGACUCCAGAGAAGUCAUUCGUAAUGAUGGCCUGCUGUUGCUUCAGCAGCUGACUAAAGGCAACGCUGCCAUUCAGAAGAUCGUGGCUUUUGAGAACGCCUUUGAACGUCUCCUAGACAUCAUCACAGAGGAGGGCAGCAGUGAUGGAGGUAUUGUGGUGGAGGACUGUUUGCUGCUGCUGCUCAACCUGCUAAAGAACAACAGCUCCAACCAGAACUUCUUUAAAGAGGGCUCCUACAUCCAGAGAAUGAAGCCGUGGUUCGAGGUCGGGGAUGAUAACUCUGGCUGGUCUGCACAGAAGGUCACCAACCUCCACCUCAUGCUGCAGCUGGUUCGAGUCAUGGUGUCUCCAGUCAACUCUCCUGGAGCUACAGCCAGCUGUCAGAAGUCCAUGUACCAGUGUGGGCUGCUGCAGCAGCUGUGCACCAUCCUCAUGGCCACUGGUGUCCCUGCUGACAUCCUCACUGAGACCAUCAACACUGUAUCAGAGGUCAUCAGAGGCUCACAAGUCAACCAGGACUACUUCGCCUCUGUCAACGCUCCCUCAAAUCCACCAAGACCGGCCAUCGUGGUCCUGCUCAUGUCCAUGGUGAAUGAGAGACAGCCGUUCGUGCUUCGCUGUGCAGUCCUCUACUGUUUCCAGUGUUUCCUCUACAAAAACCAGAAGGGUCAGGGGGAGAUUGUGGCGACGCUGCUGCCCUCCACCAUCGACGCUAACUCGAUCUCAGCUGGCCAGCUGCUGUGUGGAGGCCUGUUCUCAGCAGACUCUCUGUCUAACUGGUGUGCUGCUGUGGCCUUGGCCCACGCCCUGCAGGACAACCUGACGCAGAAGGAGCAGCUGCUGAGGGUCCAGCUGGCCACCAGCCUGGGCAAACCCCCCGUCUCUCUGCUGCAGCAGUGCACCAACAUCCUCUCACAGGGAGAUAAGAUCGUCCGGAGGGGCAGUAAAGUUCAGACGAGGGUGGGUCUCCUCAUGCUGCUCUGUACGUGGAUCAGCAACUGUCCCAUUGCUGUCACACACUUUCUACACAAUCAGGAAAAUGUUCCCUUUCUGACGGCUCAGAUCUCAGAGAACCUGGGGGAGGAUGAACGGCUGGUUCAGGGUCUGUGUGCUCUGCUGCUCGGCAUCUGUAUCUACUACAACGACAACUCACUGGAGAACUACACCAAAGAGAAGUUAAAGCAGCUGAUCGAGAAGCGCAUCGGAAAGGAAAACUUUGUGGAGAAACUCGGCUUCAUCACCAAACAUGAGCUGUACUCUCGGGCGGCUCAGAAGCCACAGCCCGUCUUCCCAUCUCCAGAGCAGAUGCUGUUCGACCACGAGUUCACCAAGCUGGUCAAAGAGCUGGAGGGUGUGAUCACCAAAGCUGUUCAUAAAUCCAGUGAGGAGGAGAAGAAGGAGGAGGAGGUGAAGAAGACGUUAGAGCAACAUGACAACAUAGUGACUCAGUACAAAGAGCUGAUCAGAGAACAGGAUGCUCAGAUCCAGGAGCUGAAAGAGCAGGUGGCGUCCAUGACGGCUCAGAAUGAACAGAUGCAGACCACCAUCACCCAGCAGCUGUCCCAGAUCCAGCAGCACAAAGACCAGUACAACAUCCUCAAACUCAAACUAGGUAAGGAGAACCAGAGUCAGUCGAACAGCCAGGGAGACGGCUCCCAGGUGAACGGGCUGCAGACAGAGGAGCUGACUCAGCUCAGAGAGGAGGUGGAGGAGCUCCGUAAGCAACACGCACUCCUCCAGACACAACUCAGCGACAAGGACGCACUCAUCAACACCCUGAGGUCAGAGGUCACACAGACAGCAGAGGGUUCAACAGGAGGAUCAGAAAACACAGAACUACUCAAGGAGCUCGAGAGUCUGAGGAGUCAGGUUCAGUCUCAGUCUGCAGAGAUCAACCAGCUGAAGACAGAGAGACAGGAGCUGCUGAGAAGAGCUGAGUCCUCAGACACAGUCUCCAGCAGUGAGGGCUCAUUAGAUGCCACCAAGAUGGCCGAACUAGAGAGCAGACUCACAGCACAGACGACUGAAACAGAGAGACUCAAGGAGGAGACCAAGAGCCUGUCAGAGAGCCGGGCAGACCUGGAGCAGCAGCUGGCCUCAGCCACCAGCACCGUGGCCAUCCUGCAGACAGAGAAGGCGAAGCUGCAGACGGAGGUUCAUGAGUCCAGGAAGGAGCAGGACGACCUGCUGAUGCUGCUGGCAGACCAGGACCAGAAGAUCCACAGCCUCAAACAGAGACUCAAAACCCUGGGAGAGACGGUGGAAGAUGAAGACGACCUGGACGCCAGGGACCAAACAGACGAGGAUGACGAGGAGGAGGAGGAUGAGGACGAAGACUAAAGGAAAAACACUGACUCCGUCUGUCAGCAGGCGAGAAAAGACUCGACAGAAACACCUGAGAAACUCAACAACAGGACGAAUAUACUGAAGGAGUUUGUGUUUCCAGCUGCCAUGCUCUUCAUCUUUACCCCCCCUCCCAUCUCAUCACAUGUUCCUGUUAGUUAUUUGGACAUUUUCUGUUCCUGUGUCCAGAGCUUCAGUUUUCAGUGACAGAUAAAGAUCUGAGCAGUCAGUGCGUUCAUCUCUGCUACUUCACCAUCAGCUCCUGAUGGUUUUACCAGUCCUGUGUUACUGUAACGUGUCGUCAUAUAGUUUAUAAUCACACACACACAGUAAAAAAAAAAAAACAACAAAAAAAACAUUGUUAGGUUCAUUUUAACACACAAGAAUAAUCUGGAACAUUUAGAGAGGAGGAUUUAAACUGUAGCAGAAACUAGAGUUAUUUUUCUUCUCGUCUGAUCAUAAACAUGCAGGUGAGUGUCUUUCCCUCCUGUUCUCAGCAGACGUUCAGACUCAAACACGUUCACUCUGCUGAGUUUAUCUGCCUUCACCACCAUCACCUGUCUCAGUAUUUCACACACUCGUUCCUAACUGCUCUACAAUAUGCUGCAAAAACACUGACAGAAAAAAACAUGUAAAGACAAAAAAGAUAUUUUUGCAACCUUUUGUCCAGUACUGGCAUCCAGCUUCUGUAUGAUACCGUGUAACUUAUCAAUUUAUGAGCCACAUUGAGAUGAAUAAAGAAUCUAUCAGUCUGUUUGCCUGUAUGGAGACAUAAUUGUAGAUAAAUUAAAUUUUACUAAAUCCACAA